GCCCGUGGGGACCUCCUCCUCCUCCUCCUCCUUCUCCCUCCCCUUCUCUUCCUCGGGGAGCCAGUGCGAGUUCUGCCGCCAGGAGAAAGAGAGGCGCAGAGACCCUGCCUUAACUUCGGGGUCUUUCUGGGGCUGAUCCGGGAGGAUCCUGGGGAGAAGGAGGGAGCUGUGAACCGCCCUCGGAAGGAAGGCAGGCAGGCAGGCAGGGGAAGCCAGGAGCAAGCAUCCAAAAUGUCAGCCAAGAAAGAAGGUGCACACAAGAAAUGGGCAGCCUUGAAGGGAAAGCUGGGGUCCCAAGAGUCUGAUCAAACAGAGGCCAAUUUAGAAAAUGCUGAACCAGAACUCUGCAUCCGCCUCUUGCAAAUACCUUCUGUGGUGAACUACUCGGGGCUCAAGAAACGGUUGGAGAGCAGCGAUGAUGGCUGGAUGGUCCAGUUUCUGGAACUCUGUGGGCUUGAUCUUCUUCUGGAGGCCUUGGACCGACUCUCUGGGAGAGGUGUCUCCAGGAUUUCAGAUGCCCUGCUGCAGCUGACAUGCAUUAACUGUGUGCGAGCGGUAAUGAACUCUCAGAAAGGCAUUGAGUACAUUGUGAGCAAUGAAGGCUAUGUCAGGAAACUCUCCCAAGCACUUGAUACCUCGAACAUCAUGGUCAAGAAGCAAGUUUUCGAACUCCUGGCUGCUCUCUGUAUUUACUCAAUGGAUGGACAUGCUUUGGCAUUGGAUGCUCUGGAUCAUUACAAGUCUGUGAAAAACCAACAGUACCGGUUCAGUGUCAUCAUGAAUGAACUUUCAGCCACAGAUAAUGUGCCAUAUAUGAUAACUCUCCUGAGUGCCAUCAAUGCAGUCAUAUUGGGUACAGAAGAACUAAGGACAAGGACACAGCUCCGGAAUGAGUUCAUUGGUCUCCAGCUGUUGGAUAUUUUAAACAAGCUGAGAGACAUAGAAGAUGUAGAUCUACUUAUCCAGUGUGAGGCAUUUGAAGAGGCCAAGUCUGAAGAUGACGAGGAGUUGUUGAAGAUAUGUGAUGGGAUUGACAUGAGCAAUCAUCAAGAAGUUUUCUCUUCUCUCUUCAACAAAGUGAGCAGCUGCCCAGCUUCAGUCCAACUGCUGUCCAUUCUCCAGAGUCUCUUACAUCUCGAACCUUCCCACUGCUCCAGCCUACUGCUGUGGGAAGCAUUAGAAAUCUUAGUGAACAGAGCCAUCUUGCUUGCUAAUGACAUACAAGGCAACAGUGUGGAGGAAGUCAUGGAGAGACUGUUGUCCAUCAAGAAGCACCCAAAGAAAAGAAAUUCUGAAUCCAGGAGAGCAGUCAACAAGAUGAAUGAAAGCACUCAGACCAGUGAAGAUUUGGGGGAACUUCCAAGGGUCAUCCAGAGCUCCCCUGCUGUGACCUGCUCUUCUGGCAUCCCAUCAAUUUCAAAUGUGUCUGAGAAAGUGACACCAUCCCAGCUAUUGUCCUGCUCUGCUUCUCCAGGGCAAAAGUCAGCUCCAUCUAGUGAUCUUCCAUUGCCACCACCAAUACCUCCUCCUCCACCAACACCACCUCCUCCACUCCCUGGAGCACAGCAGCCACCAUCACCACCUCCACUCCCUGGCAUGAAAGGGAUGCCACCUCAGGUCCCACCACCACCUCCUAUGUCAGGGAUCCCUCCACCUCCACCUCCACCCCCUCUGCUUGGUAUGGCAGGGAUCCCUCCACCUCCACCGCUGCCAGGUAUGCCACCUCCACCGCCUCCUCUCCCGGGUGCAGUCGGGAUUCCUCCACCCCCACCUCUCCCAGGCAUGCCACCCCCACCUCCCCCAUUGCCAGGAAUGACAGGGAUCCCUCCACCUCCCCCACUCCCAGGUAUGCCACCUCCUCCUCCUCCUCUACCUGGGAUGGCAGGGGUGCCACCCCCUCCCCCUUUGCCUGGUAUGGGAGGCAUCCCACCACCUCCACCUUUAGGAGGCAACAUGGAAGAGAUUGUCAUUGCACGGGUUGACUAUUCCCUUGGGUGUGCCAGACCUGUCCACAAGAGGGUGAAGCCUCCGACGCUACGGAUGAAGAAGCUAAACUGGCAGAAGCUCCCUUCCAAUGUAGCAAGAGAGGGUCACUCCAUGUGGGCUUCCGUGACAAGCAGCAGUGAGGAAAUCAUUGAGCCAGACUAUACAAGCAUAGAGCAGUUAUUUUGCUUUCCACUAGCAAAGUCCAAGUCAAAAGAAGCUGCCCCAGUGAAGACAGAACCAAAAGAGAUCACAUUUUUGGAUUCCAAGAAAAGCCUCAAUCUGAACAUCUUCCUGAAGCAAUUUAAGUGCUCAAAUGAAGAAGUGGUUGACAUGAUUCAGAAAGGUGAUCGUACUAAGUUUGAUGUUGAGGUCCUCAAGCAGCUGCUGAAACUCCUUCCAGAAAAGCAUGAAAUAGAAAACUUAAAAUCCUUCAAGGAAGAAAAAGAAAAAUUAGCAAAUGCAGAUCAGUUCUAUCUUCUUCUCCUUGGAGUUCCAAGCUACCAGCUACGGAUUGAGUGCAUGCUGAUGUGCGAAGAGACCACAGUUUUGCUGGAUAUGCUGCAGCCCAAAGCUGAAACAAUCAGGAGGGCCUGUGAAGAUCUUCUCAGCAGCCACCGGUUGCCCAUUUUCUGUCAGUUGAUUCUCAAAGUUGGAAACUUUUUGAACUAUGGAAGUCAUACAGGAGAUGCAGAUGGCUUUAAGAUUGGCACUUUACUCAAAUUAACAGAAACCAAAGCAAACCAAACCCGAAUUACACUGCUCCAUCAUAUUUUAGAGGAAGUGGAAAAAAAUCACACAGAUUUACUGCAGCUGCCCAAAGAUCUUGAAUAUGUUUCAAAGGCUGCUGGAAUCAACCUGGACGUCAUCCGUUCUGAAUCCAGUUCCAAUAUAAAGAAACUUCUGGAACUUGGGAGGAAGUUGUCAUCAUCAACAGAAGAGGUGAAAGUCCAAUAUGAAAAAGCAAUUCAGGACAGUAUAAAUGCUAACAAAAAGUUAGAAGAUGAAUUUGAAAUCAUUGAAGCAAAGAAGGCGGGGCUUGCCAAUUACCUCUGUGAGGACCCCAACAAAUUGUCUUUGGAAGAUAUAUUUAGCACCAUGAAAACUUUCAGAGAUCUCUUCAUCAAGGCAUUAAAGGAAAACAAGGACCGAAAGGAACAAGUGGCAAAGGCUGAGAAAAGGAAGAAGCAGCUGGAAGAGGAAGAAGCUAAGAGGCAAAAAGGAGAAAAUGGACAGAUCAUUAAGAAAGGAGUCGUGAAGCAAGAUGAAGUGUGUGUUAUCGAUGCCUUACUGGCUGAUAUAAGGAAAGGGUUCCAGCUGCGGAAAACUGCCAGGAACAAAGGUGACCCAGACACUCCUGCCAAAGGCUCACCCAGUCAGCCUCAAAAAGGGAAAGACACUGACCCAAACUUUCAGGCUACAAAAGACUCAGUGAAGGAGGAAGAUCGUGUGACCAUAAAAAAUAACCUGCAAGGGUUACCAGAAAAAACAGUUGUUUCUGAAGCAAAUGCUACAAACAAUAAGCAAAAGGAUGUUGUUGACUCUCCAGCUUCCCACACAUCUAUCGAUAAUGUUGGAAAUGGCAGACAUUCUCCAACCCAGCCCUGUCUUGAGAAGACCUCCUUAAAUUCCUUUACCUUGGAAGGAGUUGUGGAGCCCAACAAUGGAACAGAUUUGCAAGAGAGGACUGCCUCUCCCAGCAUCCAGGAUGUGAAUUAUAAUGAUUUAGAAUUAUCUCAGUCAUCUUCUUUUAUAAAGUUUGGGAGCACUGAUUCAUCCAGCUUGAAAAGUGGAGGUGAUCUAGUUGGCUCAGGAGACUCAGAUGCCAGAUCUGAAGUUGUUUGUUCACAGAACAACUUACAUUCAAAUGAUCAAGUAAGCAGCCCUAUCCAAAAAGACAAUGAAAUCAAGGAAAUUUCUGGGAAACCCAAAGGGCUGCUGACUCCUGAAGUGAUGGUCCCUCAGACUGUGACAACAAAGGAAUCAACGAAAGAAAAUGAUGAGCCUUCCAUAGACUCCUUGCUUGAUAUCUCUCAUGAAAAGUCCUUUUCAGAUGAGCCACUGACUGAUUCUACUUGUUCAGCUAUGGUCCCUUCAGAACAAGCCCUUUUAGAAAAAGAUAGCCAAAAAGGCUCAGCCAAGCGACGAAAGAAAAAGAGGCACAGCAAGGGUCAUUCAAUGGUUGACACUGAUUUAAAAGCGAUGGUUGAUACUGGAGAUAAUAAAACAAAAAGAGGUUGUGAGAUACAGUGAGGUGGCACAGCAAGACAGAAAAAAUAACAAAACCCCAAGCUUGAACAAAACAUGAAGCAUGUACUGCAACAGUCAACAUCUGCUAUGGAAAACAGCCAUGGUAAUGAGGUGGUGGUUUAAAUUUGUCUGGGGAAAGCUUUGGAUAUAUAGCAGAUUACACCCACAUGUAAAAAAAAAAAAGUUCUAAGCAUCAAAGCACUUUUGAGAUGUGCCUUAGGCAAAGGUCCAGUUCUGUACAAAUUCCCUUCUGGUUAAUGCCUUAGAGAAAGGGCUUUGGUCAAGCUCACAUUGGAUGAAACUCUUAUGAGUUAUCAGUGAACAAAUUCCUGCAGGAGCAAAGGGAAGUAUGAGUUAAUUGGUGCCUCUGAAACCAAAUGGCAGGGAAAUUAAAGCACGCCAGCACUGUUGUCUUCUGAAUGGAGGUUCUACUGUUAACUUUCCACUUAACAGGUCACGGACUAUUGAACACUAUGUGGGACCAAGGUACAGACUUUUGUAUUUAAAUAGUAAGACUGCACUAUAGGAAAUGUAAAUCCUCUGCUUCAUGACCAGUAGCCAACUGUUCUUGCAAAGACAUGUUAAGAUGGCCACUUCUGUAUCAGCAGGAAAAGGGAUGCAGGUUAGGGUAACAUUUGCCCAAUUUAUGUAGAUAAAUAUAGACUCAAAAAAAAAUCUUUAAAUAGGAAUACAAAACAACUCUGGUCAUGUGAGAGGGACUAAACAGGUGAUCUAUUUUCCUCUUCUUCAUCCUCUAUCCAGAUGCUAAAUGCUGACAGAUAACUUUGAAGUCGGCCUCUGCCCAUCUUUUUUGUGGUUCUUUCUCUUCAGGCUUGGUCUGGAUGAUCUUUCAAACAGAAGGCUUCCUUUUGUGAAGGACUAUUCACCCUUGAAUAAAGGUCUAUUAUAUAGGAUGUAUGCUCACCAUAAUUACUAUUGUGAGUGAAGAUGCACAUUAGAUGAUAUCAUAGGUCAAAGAAUGAAGAUAUACUGCAAAUUGCAAGAGGAAAGAUAUCCUGAUUCUCCUAUUCAUUCAGCUCUCUCGCACACAUCCUAAAAUACACCAAAUAAUAUGGAGGUCCCGUUUUUAAAUAGAUCUUGUCAUCUAAAAACUUGCAGGACACACCAGUCAGGAAGCUAGGUGAGAUGUUUAAUUAUUUCUCUUAAGAACCGAAAAGGAACAAAUAGCAAUAGCAAGUACAUUUCUAUACGGCUUAUCAGUGCACUUAAACACCCCCUAAGCAGUUUACAAAGUGUAAGUUAAUUGCCCCAACAAGCUGGGUACUCAUUUUAGCGACCUACAGAAAGAUGCAAGGCUGAGUCGACCCGGAGCCACUGCCUGGUAUUGAGUUCACAGCCUCGUGGUUUGUGAGUGAGUGGCUGCAAAACAAAAAUAAAACUUUCCCACUUCCACCCAGCUACAGCUAAGUCCAGUGCCAACCAGUGGCAUCACUAGGGAGGUGUGAGAGUGCAGGCUGCACCAGGUGACACCCUAAGGGGAGGUGACACCACUGUUUCUCAGACACCUGCCUUUCAGUAGAAAGGGGCUGUGGCAUUCACUUGAUUUCCUUUAAAACGCUUUAAGAGAUGGUGGGAGUGGGGUGAAACUCAAUAGGAGGAGAAAAGAGAGGCCCCAGAAUUUUUUUAAAUAAAAAUUUCAAAAUUCAAAAUUUUAAUUUUUAAUAUUUAAAUUAGUUUGAAUGUUUUUAUUUUUAUUUAUUUUUUUAAAAAGGCAUCACAUUUAACCAAAUCUUCACUAUGUACAUGUGAAUCCAUUUAGGCUCUGCAUAUGAUACUGUAAUUUGAUGGUAUAAUUUUAAUUUUGCUAAUUGUUUUAUGUCAUAACUAUUAGCAUUACAUUCAGUGUUAUAUGGAGUUACGAUUAAUGAGUAACAGUAGUGCAAAAAAACAUUCCUAAGGAUUCUGCAUGGUGUGAAAUAGGAGGUGGUCAAAGUAACACUAUGAGUUACUGCAUCAGGUAACACCAACCCUAGUGAUGUCACUGAUGCCACCUAAACUAUAAAUUAUACAAUGACAUUGUCCACAUAAGCUUAACAUGCAUCUGUAUAGUCUUUUAGCCACAUCAUCUGGUAGAUCAAGGACAAGUUACAGACAGCUGUCAGAACUAAGCAAUGGGGCAGUCCAGAGACUAAGAACCAACCAACAGCUAUAAACACAGAACCCCCGCUACAAUGCUUCCUAUCAAGACUGGGUGGUUUGGGCCAGUCCAGAACUUGAUAAAAUUUCUCUGUUGGGAAGAUGCUCCAAGUGGCAGUCCCUCAAUAUUGAGGGCAGUCAAACAGAGGCUUCAUUCUAGCCCUGGCAUUCCCCGACACUAAUCGUUCCACCUCCAUUUACUCCAGCAACGGCAACAAAAGGCCUCAGAAUGAAGUGGCCAGUUUCCAAGGAAAUAGAAUGGACUGUACUAGUAAAGUGUGGGUGACAUUUUUGAAUGCUGCCUUGUAUUUAAAAGAAACAACAUCUUGCAAAACAUUUUUUAAAAAUAACAGACCGACAGGCAGGCCUUAAACACUUUCCCCAGUUGUUUUACACAAGGGGGUUCAAAAACCACUAUCCCUUUUCUGUAACCUGAACAAGGGCUUGACUCUUAAAGGCAUUCAUGAUUCAUGAUUAUUCAUGUUGAUAUCUUGUCUUUACUCCAAUUAGUUUAAAGGGCUGUACAUAGCCUCAUCUCUGCUGCCCCACUACUUUAUUCUCUCAACCACCCUCUAAGGGAAGCCAGUCUGAAGGAAAGAGAACUUGACCCAAAACCACCUUAUUAGCCAAGUUUCAUGGCGAGUAGGAAUAGAUUUCCCAAAUCCUCAUGUUAACUACUACACCACACUGGCUUUCUAAGUUAUUUUCCUACCUUCUUCUUUGAUACAUGGGAUUUCCUGAUUUUACCUUUCAUUAAAUCUAUUAUUAACGAUAUUUUCUCAUCACAAUUCAGCAUCACGUUCUCAAAAUUCACCAUCACUUUGCAAGAACAGCUACUGCCAGAGUACUGUCAAUACCAACAGUCUUACUCAAAACCUUUUUCAGCAGCAAUUCUCUUAAGUUAAAUGUGUUUUUUAUUUGUAUUGGGGGUUUUUUCUGCCUAAACUGAAUAAAAGCUAUACAGGCUAUAGCAUUAAUGGAAGUAAACAGUUUGGGCAUUAAUGAUGGGAACCUGGUGUACUCUUAUAGUAACUAAGAUAUUUUUGUCAAUGUUAAUAAUGUUGGGAAUCACAGACUUGUACAUAGUUGCUAUCUUGUAUAUACUUAUUCAGAUAAUGUUGAUAUAUUGUUAAAUAAUUUCAUAAGCUGAGCAUAGUAACAAUAUUAAUCAGACAGAUUCCUGGCCAAGGGAAGGUAUGUGUUCUUCAAAAAUGAGAUGAAUGUUGUGUUGUGGUUUCUUCUGCUUAGAACUGACCUUAACAGCAGGCUGGUGCUCUCCAGAUACAUAGGACAAUAGCUUCCACCAGGAUAAACCUUUUUUUUAAAGGUCCAAAGAAUCCUAUACGGCUCAGUGUAGCAUUACAGGUAAAAUAGGAGGGCUGGCUGCGGGCCUAUACUAGGCUGAGCCAUACCUCAAGUUACUGAAGCCAUCCCUCCAGCACAGCCAUUCCCUGCUUCAUGGGAGCAGGCAGGAGCAGAGAAGUGUCUGGCUAUGUCCACAAAACAGAUGCAGAAUGAUUACAGCAGCUCUGACACAUGGACCCCAGUGAACCUGGUGGAUCUCAGCACUGAUGCCAUCAUUUUGUCUCUGGCUACAGGAAGACACUUCUAUGAUUCUGGCCGCACCCCAUAAAAGAGAGGAUGGCUGGGGCAGGGGAUGGCAGCCAAGGCUGUUCAGUAAGUUGCAGGGGGCUUUGGGCACUGCAGAGAGAAGACAGAAACACCAACCCCUGCAGCAUCCAAAAAAUGGACAUAUAAACGAAUAAGGGAAACUGAGACUGUCAUACUUUGGAUAUAUCAUAAGAAGACGCGAGUCUUUAGAAAAGACAAUGAUACUUGGUAAGCUAGACUGCAAUAGAAUGCCAGCCAAUGUGUGUUAAAAUUGUCAGUCAUGUAACCUGCAUGGGUGGUUUUGUGAGCCAAAUCUUAGUAUCUGUUCCUGAUCAUAGCUUUUCUCUUGGGGAUGACAUGUCCACAGGGUCAGCUACAGCCACAUAAGUGGAACACCAAAGUCAGGGGAGGGCUUGCCCCUCUGCAGGGUAUAGUAAGCUUGAAUAAAAAGAGACAAUUUGGGGGAAAUAAUAGCACACUACUGUUGAAGCUGAGAAACAAGUAAAUGCCAGGUAGGCAAGAAUCAAUAGGCAAAAACAAAAAACAGAGAUUCUCCAAAAAAAAAAAAAAAAGGAAGACACCCCAAGGAAGAGGAUCAGGAAAGGAAGACACCUCAAACUAUAUUCAUAACCAAAUUAUAAAUGUAAUAAAUACAUAAUACUGUAAAGUACAAGACACAUGUAAGCAGUUAAUAAUGCUGAAUGGCAACCACCUAUCUACAAUACAGUAAUGUUUUGUUAUAUUUAUUGCUUUGGUGGGAGGUGUGUGUUGUCUUCCUUCUUUAGUUCUCAUCUUCACAGUAAGAAUCAGUGACAGUGGUGAAAGCUAUGAGGUUGGAAUCUGUUCUAGUAGAUGUUUUUUAAAAAGUAAUACUUUUAAGAACCAUGCAGAAGAGAGUGUAGCUACAACUUUUUAUUCUUGCAUGUCAAGCUGCAGCUACUGCAUUUCCCAUUUCUUCACCACCCAUCCUUGCCAGAAGCAGCUGGAAUUCAUGGUCAUCUUGUUUAAAAAUAUAUUUUGAGAAUCCUGGUUCUUAAAGGUAACAACAACCAUUGGUAGCUCUGAAUGGGCUGAUGAUAAUUUCACAACAAUGUCUUUUAACUUUGUUCAUAUGUAUACUAGCUGAGUGCAAUAAACUUGCUUAUAUUUAAUAAA